AUGCCAAAUAGAUCUGUCUCGUAUGAUGACUAUUCGGCUGAUGUGCCGGGUAUCAUUUUCACGGAAACCCAGUCGAACGACAGGACAGCCGCCCGCGGUGGGUCAGUCGACGUGACCGUGAGCGCCAAUUUUGCAUCUUCAUCCCUAAGAACAGAGGAGGACUUCCCAGCCGAGCCUGCGCAGGUUACGGCGGAAUCUGAACCGCUUCACAUUAAAAAGGGCAGAAGAGGGAUAAGGCUGGGCUCUGCAGCCGCCCUUAGUAUUGCGGUCCCUUUCUUCUUUUUGAUCUUAGGACUACUUGCAGUCCGAUCGCUCAGAGUUCCUGCGGGUUUGAAGCCACAAGAAGAGUCUUUGGGUCAGGAGGAGCAGCAGUCGCAGCUGCAGCAGCAGGGGCAAAAGCAUGAGAGCGGUGGGAGAGAAUUGGGGGAAGUAUUGCUGCAGCAGGUGGAUGAGCUUCUGCAACUGCAGUCAGUCGCUGCCAACCUAGCCGAGGCUGUAGAGACUAGGGAAUCUCAUCGCUCUUUAAUGAAGCUUUGGAAGAGUGUAGAGAUGGCCAGAGGGAUGCAGCAGCUCUUGGUGCGUUCUCCGGGGCCAUCGGAAUGCACCGCAUUGAGGGAGGUUCUGAACAGAGGUGUGGAUGCAUUGUCUGAGUUGUAUGAAUUAAGUCGGCAACGAGGACUGCAACUGGUGCGAGAGACGCGGGCAGUUCAGCCAACGAAUGACUUUUCAAAUCAGGAACUGAAGACAAUGGAGACCUACUUGGGUUCAAACCUUGUAGAGGCGCUAGAAAACCACAUGGCUAGUCUUAGAUAUUCCUGUUUUGCGUUUAAGCAGAAACUGGAGCAAACGGAGGUUUCGCUGGAGGGCCUGCCGGACUUUUUAGGACUGGAGGACUGGAGGCUCUUGGACGCUGUUGCAGCCAAUUUGAAAUUUCUCAGGGCAGCUCACCAGGCAGCAAAGGUGGGGCUGCAGUCUGCUGAAGAAUUAAGGUCUGACGUUGUGACUGUGACUCUUUCUCACAUCGUGAGGGAGCAGACUCGCAUGCACAGAGACUGCCGAGACCUUCUGGAUGAACGGCGAGCCCUGUACAGAGCGGUGAAAGAGCGGCAGCGGGCUCUUUCUGACGAGAACACGGCCGCCGUACAGGAACUCGAAACGGUAGAGGAUCUUCUGAGCAGAGCGGAGCAGCUGCUGCAGCUCCACCGCGGAGAGAUAGAAGAACUUCAAAGCGAAAGGGAAAUCGUGCCCGGAGAAGCAGCGAGGCAACAGGCCGAACGUGUGGGGAAGGAGCUACUGGCGGUGCUGGAUGCGGCGUUUGCUCGUCUGCAGUGUUCUAGGGAAAUCAGGUCUGAUCAUAAUGUGGAGAGCACUUACAGAGUUUUAGCUUCGAGGGCCAGCCAAGAGGCAACAGAGUCCAGUAGGAGGGUGUCAGACAUCGAAACGGAGGUGCACUCGAGGGUGGCCUCGCAUGGGUCUCUUUCUAGAAUGAAGCAUUUAGAGGAGCAGGGAGAAACGCAGGAAAGGACACUUAUGAACGUUUCGAUUAUGAAGUUGCUGACAGAAUCGUUCGAACAUAUCGUAGAAAAUGCAGAAUCAGCUUCUCGCCAGGCCAGGAAUGCAGCUGACUCGACUUCGGAAGGCAGCGAAGCGGCAAUGCCCCCAUGGGCUCUGAUGGCCUCAGCACGAAGGGCAGCUGUGACUGCAGAUACUCUUGUCGGGAACGCCGAGCUCCUGUGGUUGCAUUCAAAGCUGCUAGGUUCGGUGGAGUGCGACUUGCGGGUAAGCUCCAGUCUGGCGCAUGCCGGAGCAGCAGUAGUGACAGAAGGAACAGCACCGACAGGGCCAACAGCAGAAGGGCGGCAACCGUGGGUAGUGGAACUACCAUCGCAGCAGAAGGCUCAGGUUGAAACUCUCAAAGGAAAAGUGCAGACGCUGAAGGGAGUGGCGCGGUCUCAAUGGAGUGCGCGAGAUUUGGCUUUCACAGCUGGCAAUAUGAAGAAUGCAGCCGUCGGAAUCUCGUUGAUUGUUCAACAUCAAGUGUUGGAACAAGUCACAGAUCUCAUACCAUAA